AUGGCCGAUAAUGAUGAGCAGGUAAGGCCCCCCCUGGAAGUAGGAGGGAACUCCUUGUUUUUUUUUGUCCCCGUUUGCUUUCCUCGCCCCUACUGAAGACCUAUGAUUGCUUGGGCUUUCCUUGUUGCCCCUGAGGCUGCCUCUUCGUUCAUGAUGCCUAUCGGGAGUUCGGCCACGGGAGAGAGGAGGAAAGAGUACCCUGUUGAAUAUUGUGAUGUACAGCGCAGCCAUUGAUACUGACAUUCUAUAGCACAACCACACCUUUGAGUCGGCUUCGGCCGGUGCCUCCGCCACUUACCCCAUGCAGUGCUCUGCGCUUCGAAAGAAUGGGUACGUUCCUGCAUUCCUAGUUCCUUUACCUCCAGAGCGUAUCCGGCUAUGAUAUGUAUUCUCUUUUUCGGGGUGCACCUAACAUCUCUCUCUAUAAAGCCACGUCGUCAUUAAGGGCCGCCCUUGCAAGAUUGUCGAGAUGAGCACCUCUAAGACCGGCAAGCAUGGUCACGCUAAGGUCCACUUGGUCGCCAUUGAUAUCUUUACCACAAAGAAGUUGGAAGAGCUUUGCCCUUCCACCCACAACAUGGAUGUCCCCAACGUCAGCCGUACUGAGUACCAAUUCUCUUACAUAGAUGAUGACUACCUUCAUCUUAUAAAGCAAGAUGGAACUGAGAAGAAUGAUGUCAAGGUCCCUGACGGAGAGCUUGGUGAUAGGAUUAGAGGCUAUGAGGAUGAUGGUACUGAUAUCUGUAAGACUGCACCCCCCAGAAAUCCCACCCUCACGUGCUUGUCUCGGAAAAUAACACUAAUUAUUGUUUUUCUCUUUCUCAGUGGUUACUAUCAUUGCCGCUAUGGGGGAAGAGGCUGCCAUUUCCGUUAAGGAGGCCCCGAAGACUGCUUGAUCAGACCUAUUGUGGAUGGUUAAUGUAGCUUUUUUUCUCCCCUUUCCCACUCCUUUUUUUGUUUCGUUUUCUUUCUCUCCGGGAGCGAGUUUGAUCAUUGGGUUUUCAAUCGUGUCAAUUGGAGCUUGGGCGGGAGGUUCAUGAAAGUGCGAUUUUUUUCCCCGGACCAAAAAAAAACAAACGAAUCGUUCAUCACCUUUUGUCUGAAAAAAAAAGCGGAAUAUCUACAGAGGAGGGAAACGGACGGAACUUGGGAUAUUAUCAUGGGAUCUCAGUUUCGUCCCAUGCUCCAUUUGCGAAUUGAAAG